UUCUUAUCGCAGAAGGCGAACGAAACCCCCCUUCCUUCACCUCCCCGUUCCCGUACAGUUCAUCAAAGAAAUCUGAAAACCAACCAACAGACCCAACCAAAAUCCCCUCGCCGCCCCUUCCGGGUCCCGUCCCGUCCCUUCUCGUCGCGCGGGCGGUCGCCUCCCUCAAUCUCGAAGCCUCCAGCGCCGCCGCUCAUUCGAGAAGCCUCCAGCACAAAAUCCUAGGGUUCUCGCGUCGCCCGUCGCCAUGGGCUCCAAGAAGCGGUCGCCCCAGCAUCCCGCCUCCCCGGCCAGCGGCGAGGUCGCCGGCGAUGCCGGCGCCCCACCGGCGGGUAAGGCCCCGCCGGCGGCGGCACCGGUGGGGGUGGUGCCGAAGCCUCCGGACGUGGCGCCGUUCCUGACCAAGGUCUACGACAUGGUCUCCGACCCGGCGACCGACGCGGUCAUCUCCUGGGGCCCUGGCGGCGGCAGCUUCGUGAUCUGGGACUCGCACGCCUUUGAGCGGGACCUGCUGGCGCGGCACUUCAAGCACAACCACUUCACCAGCUUCAUACGCCAGCUCAACACCUAUGGAUUUCAUAAAGUUGAUCCUGAUAGAUGGGAAUGGGCCAAUGAAGGUUUUGUUAAGGACCAAAAGCAUCUUCUGAAGACCAUCAAGAGAAAGAAGAAAUCUGCUCAGGAUGCGACUAGUGACCUGCAGCCGGCACCUGUCAAAACUGCACCUGGCACUGAAAAUAUCGAAAUUGGAAAAUAUGGAGGUCUUGAAAAGGAGGUUGAAACCCUUAAGAGGGACAAAGCCCUUCUAAUGCAGCAGCUAGUAGAUCUCAGGCAGUACCAGCAAUCAUCUAGCCUUGAAGUGCAGAAUUUAAUUCAACGCCUACAUGUGAUGGAACAAAACCAACAGCAGAUGAUGGCACUUCUGGCAAUAGUUGUCCAGAAUCCAAAUUUCCUCAAUCAGCUGGUGCAGCAACAGCGCAGGAGUAAUUGGUGGAAUGAUGAUGGGCGCAGGAAAAGGAGAUUCCGUGCUCUGGAACAAGGUCCUGCAGCUGAUCAGGAGACUUCCGUUGCUGGCGCACAAAUUAUUCAGUACCAUCCUCCCAUUCCUGAAACCUCCAAUCAAGUAAUACCAGUAAAUGGAGCUUUUUCUCCAACUACUGCACAGCCAGUUUCAAGCCCUGAAACUGCCAUGCCCAUGGAUGUAGAAACAACUUCUAACAGUGUGGAUCCUCUGGCUUCAACUGGGGACCUUUUUACUAACACCUUUGCUCUAUCUGGUUGGGAUGAUAUGUUUCUUGGUUGCGAAAUAGAAGACAUACUUGCAUCAGAGCAGGACUUUGAGAUGGGAGAACAACAGAACUCUCAAGUGGAGCCUCCGUUGACUGUCGAAGAUUACACUGAGUAUCCUGUUUUUCACACUCCGCAAUUAGAGCUGGAGCAGCAGCCGCAGGACUGUCAGAUGGUAGCACAACAGGGCCACAAAAAUCCUCAAUAUGCUGAUAUCAUAACCAAAGCAUGAGUGAUAGUCAAGGAGCACAUCAUUCCGUGACAUUAGAUUUGUGAUGCACGGAGUCUUCGAACCCAGAGUGUUUCACCAGAUGGCUACCAUUGACAACCUAAAGGUGUUUGAAAUGCUCAGGAUUUAGUAUACUAGUAAUAAUACAUUAAAAAAGGACAGCAACACAUGUUGACUUUAGGAUUUUCAUUUUCCUUGUUGGCGUGCUCAAGGUAAUAGGACAGGGAUUUUGUUUUUGCCCCAACUUUCUUUGUCCUAGCUACAUGGAUAACGCAAGGUAGCAUCGAUCAUCUGUUGUAUAUACUGUUGUAUUGGAUUUAUACAUGAAGAGCAAUUUUGUAUACGUUUUUUUUU